UACAUAAGUCAUUUUCAAUAUUAGCUUAGUAGACACAUUUUCUUGAAAAAAAUCCAAAAACUUAACUAAACAGAGCUUUGGACGAAAGUCGUAAAACGUCAAAAAAUCGAAAACGUCUAUUUUUUGGCUGCUUAUUUACUUGCUCCAGUUUUUUAUGUUAAAUGUCUGUAAUGAAAAAAACAUAGCUUAUUUAAAAGUCUUUACAGGCACUUAUUAAUUAACCCGACACUAUGAAACUUUGGUGUAUUCCGCAUAGCAAAAAGUUACAAAAAAGUGUUCAAGUAUUCACUUUGGACGGAAAGUUUGUCUCGAUGAUUGGAGGGUUUUCAUUCGUACCGUAUUAUGUUGCUGUGACCAAAAAUGGAAAUGUUUUUGUAACUCGGAUUAUCGGAACCACUGCGUUCAUGUCGUUCACUAGGGCUGAAAAGCAGAUAACUUUUAUUUGUAAUAAGUCUUUCAUUUGAUAUUUUUUUGUUUCCUCCGUUUUUAUUUCCUAGUACUUAUCAUUCAUGAUGAAUCAGUACUUAUGAUUUUAAAAGAAAUGUUCAGAUGAAGUUAUUUUAAAGCCUGCUCUCUUGCAAAUGGCGUUAUGCCGUGAGGUCCGGUCACGUGGUAUAACGUGUUUUUUUUUUGUUUUGUUUUUUUUUUUUUCUCCUUUCUUUGUACCAACCGCUAUUGCUGUAAAGACAAUAAGACUAAUCCUUGAGGUAAAUUAGAGAAGGUAGAGGUUUUUUAACCAGCUAGGCCAUUUGCAAUGUUUCCAGUAAUGUCCGCUAAAUGACCGUGUCACUAAAAGUGCAAACAGGUCUCCGACGAGAUGCUUCAGACGGCAAAUCCCACUUCAAAUUUAGAACGCGUUUAACAAGUUGUGACAUCACAAUUUUCCCGAAAAAGAACGUUUUAUUGAUGGAAUACGGGAUACUUCACUGACUUCAUUAGUACAGUUAUACCUUGGGUAUGAAUCUUGGGUUUGGAAAGCGCCGGAUGUGAAGUGACUACUUCCCCUUGAAUUCAUUUUCCGCUUUUAGUCAGAAACGAUCGUGAACCAUAUAAUAAACAACUUAUCAACCUCGAUCGUUCGGUCAAUACGGGAAAAUUACAAACCUCAGCCUGGCUGUAUUGACUGAGCGAAGCCUUGAGAUUUUCCCGUAACGACCUCACACUCGGCUGAAAAAUGAUUUUCAUUAAAAGCAAACACGGGGCAAUACGGGUCAUUCAUUUGAUAAAAUUAAGUAUUUAAGCAGCUAUGAAAACUGGUACAAUGAAAGCGUUCAAGCAGCUCAGACUGAUGGAAAAAGAAACCUGGUUGGAUGAAGGCAGAGGGGGGACAGGCCAUUGCUUCUAUAGAAGGGUCGUGCAAGUAGUGUUUCCCGGCGGUUGACAAAGCUCGUUUGAUCUUUGGAUUAAGAAGGCGACCGAUCAUGCUCAUAAUAAUCUAGCAUUGUGCAUAUUGCGCAACAUAGACGUAUUUACAUAUUUAGCAUGUUGCAGCAGUUGAAAAUCCUCGAGGCGUAACGUGGUCAAACCGUCAAUCAACAAGAUCAAGUCACGCCAUCCCGUUUGCAGUUGUAGGGUAAAUUCACUGGAAAAUGCGAUUCUUUUGCUAUCUUUGUUCGUUGAUCUUUCAUUUAAGAUCAUCAUAGCUUUCUUUUGAAACACAUCGGGUGAUCAUCCUCGGUGUACGUGUUCUGGCUUUUCCGAGAAAAGCUGAUCUUUUCCGGUUGAGCUGACAAUCCACGAAAAACCUGUCUAAUCAGUCGAGGGGUCAAUUUCACCAUGGAUGUUCAACAACUGUUUAAAGACCUCAGGAAAGAAGCUGAAUGUCCUCUCUGCUUGGAGACAGUCAAAGAUCCCAGGACUCUGCCAUGUUUACACUCAUUUUGUCUGCCGUGUCUCGACAAACACGCAAACUACGCGAGAAGACAGCUCCAGACCGCAAUCAAAUGUCCGGUUUGUCAGGCUAGCUUUCAGAUCCCUGAAGAGGACACGUUUGGCAGCCUUCCUGCAUCUUUUCAUCUCAACCGACUGGUGGAUCUCCUUGCUCUGAGAGAUGGCAGUACAGAGUCCCAGAAAUGCGGCAGCUGCGAAGAAAACAACACUGCAACUCACUACUGUUUUGGGUGCUUGAGCUUUCUAUGUGCAACUUGUUUUGAAGCUCAUCAGCGCAUCAAGGCGACAAGAGGUCACAGAAAUAUCUCUGUCGAGAAUUUGCAGGCAGACGAUGUCGAAGAGUUGAUUCACAGACCGGUCAUGUGUUCAGAGCAAUACCACCAAGAUCAGCCACUUGAAUAUUAUUGUAAAGAUUGCAACGUUUGCACUUGUAUAAAGUGCAGUGUUGUGAGUCAUAAUCGACACACUAUGGUUGAUAUGCAGAAAGCUGCAGAUGAACAAAAGAUGCAAAUAGAUGAGGCUUUGAAGAAAAUGAAAGCGGAGGUUGUUUUUUUUGAAAAUGAAAUAGAGGAGCAAACUGCGUUAAUAGACAAAAACAAAACACAAAUAUCGGUUGCCAGAGAGAAGAUGAACGAAACUGUGGACGAUUAUAUUCGCUUAUUAACGGAGAAAAAAGCGAUAAUGAAUGCGAGAUUCGAUGAAAUUAAUCAAGCACAUCAAAAAGCUUAUACAACACAUCUGGAAAGCUUCCUGCUUGCUGUCACACAGUUGAAGAGUUCUUUGGAACAAGGUGAAAAUAUCUUAGAAAGGAAUAUCAAUGCUGAAAUCUUGCGAACGAAGCCAGUGAUUAUGGGACGCUGCGAGGACCUUUUAAAGGCAGAAAAACCUAAGAUAUACAAACCACCCCAUGUUUAUUAUGUAGUGGAGGACGCGUUAGAACAGGAUUUUGAUGAUUCAGAUCGAGUUGUUGUAAGUCAUACGGAUCCAUCAUCGACAAAUAUCGAAAGACUUUCCCAGAAGGUAAAAGAACAGAAUGAGACACAUUUUACUAUCAUCACCAGGGAUUCAGAGGGAAGACAGUGUUAUAAUAAGGAUGAUCUCAUAAACUGUAAGAUCCGCCCUUCAACAGGGGAUAGUUCGGAAACAGAACUAGAUCUCGAAGACAACGGAGAUGGCAGCUACUUAGCAGAAUAUACCCCAAGUUCUACUGGAUUAUAUGACUUGAAAAUUGAGGUGAACGGAAAACCGCUGGUUGGGAGUCCGUGGAGUGUACAGGUCAUCCCUCAUCAGUAUCGGUUGAAGUUCAGUUUUGGUUCAAAUGGUAGUGGACCAGGACAGUUCAAUGGUCCUUAUGAUAUUGCUGUAAGUAAGAAAACAGGAACUAUUGCCGUAUCUGACUACGAAAAUAAAAGAAUUCAGCUGUUUGACUCUAAAGGCCACUACCUGAGAGAGAUAGGACUGAGGGCUAGCUGCACCUCAUUAGACUUUACCGAGUCCGGUCAGAUAAUUGCCAAUACACCCGGUAAUGUUCUCCUCAAGAUCUCUUUGUUUUCUGAGGAGGGUCAGUUUGUCAAGCGCAUUAACAGUAAAUACUUAAAGUCUCCUUUUUGUUUAUCGACUGAUGACGAUGAUGAUAUUACGGUAUGUGAUGAAGAGAGUAAUGAAGUGACAGUCAUCUCUCAUAGCGGAAAAGAGUUAGUAACACGCAUCGCUGCUUCAGAGCGUGAACAAUCAGUAACGUACGCCAUUUUUCACAAUUGUACCGGCUGUUUCUUUGUUUCUGAUUCCAAGGCUGACCUUGUCAGAGUUUUUAAUGGGAGCGGAAACUUUCUGUAUGAAAUUGGUCGUGGACAGUUACUGAAUCCUGUUGGACUUGCUAUUGACAAAUUCAACAAUUUGAUCGUUUGUGAUACUGGGAACAAGAGACUCAAAGUAUUCAGUACUAGAGGAGACUUUCUUUCAGAGACUGAACAAUAUUUCCAUACACCGUAUUUUGUUGCUGUGUCUAAUGAAGGGGACGUUCUUGUCCCUGAUUAUGAGAAAAACUGUGUUGUUGUCUUUCAGUAGACCUGUAAUAGCGAAAAAAGUGCUGAAGAUAAGUCUUACAGCUCGAGUUUAGGGCACAACCACGAGCACAAAACACUUUUUGAACAAAGCCAUACAAAGAGAAACCACAAAAGACAAUGAGAGAUGAGAACUUUAAAAAAUGUUUUGAUAAGGAAGAAAUUGUACAAAGAGCUGGAUACAUAGGGCUGUCAAUAGAGGACACAUUUCCUUAAAAAAAAUCCAAAAACUGAACUAAACAGCUUUGGACGAAAGUCGUAAAAAAUGUCCAAAAAAUCUACAAUUCAUCUAUUUUUUGGCUGCUUAUUUACUUGAUACAUUUUUUUUUUAUAUUUAAAUGGCUGUAAUAGAGAGAACAUAUCUUAUUAAGCGUUAACAGGCAGUUGUUAAUGGACCCGGCACUACGAAAAUUUGGUGUAUAGCGCACAGCAAAAGUUAAUCAAGAACAUGAAUUACAGAUUAAAAUACAAGAGGUGAAAAAUAACUAAUCGUAGAUCAUAGACAUCAAACCAUCAUAGACAUCAAAAUACCUUCAUCUGGUAGUUCCUUACCAUUACGUAGAGGUUUACCCGUUGCAAUCCCUUAUACCCCCAUAUUCAUGAGCGGGUACUUCACAGCACAACGCAAAUGUGUCUGCGAUCAGGCAAAUCUUCUCACGGCACACUUGUCAGAACUGAGCGUUUUAAAAAUUUCGUUACAGUUAAGUAUCAA